AUAAGUUUCUUGGGCUUCCAACUUAAAACCAAUUGGCAAUUAGUGGAUUGACCCAAUUCCCUUAUAUAUUACUCAAGUCCCUUUCAUAUAUCCGAUGUGGGAUCUUCUCUCCAAUACCCUCCCUCGAGAUAAUGGUGCGUAUAACCAUUAAUCUCGCAGAAUCCAUCAUACCCCCUCCGAAAUCAUGCUUUAUUUUUCUAGCGAUCUCGGCGGAACUGAGCCUUCUAUGGGCCAUCAGCUAAUGGGAUGAUCGGGCCACUGUCCGGGCCGGAUUAAUGGGUCAGGGUAUUGGACCCGCUCUGAUACCAUGAUAAGUUUCUUGGGCUUCCAACUUAAAACCAAUUGGCAAUUAGUGGAUUGACCCAAGUCCCUUAUAUAUUACUCAAGUCCCUUUCAUAUAUCCGAUGUGGGAUCUUCUCUCCAAUAAGUUAUAUAAAUAUUUAAGUAUAUGAUUAACAUUUAAAAUAUAUAUCACUUAUGUUCUAAAACAAUAAUUUAUGUAUAGAAAAGUGAAAACAAACACCCGUGCGGUUGCACUAAUCAAAAUCUAGUAUUUGCUUAAAUCUGUAAUCUAUUUAGGAAUUGGAGUAAAUCUAAACAAAAAUCAGUUGCUUACAUUUGUAACAAUCAACGAAAUACAAUGACUAAAUCAUAAAUAAACAAAAAGAAAACUGAUCUCUCCCCUGAAUCCUCUAAACCCCUUCCUGUUCCUUUAUCGCCGUCGCUAUUGGCCCUCCGUCGUGACUCCCUAACGCCAUUGAUUCCAAUUCAUCGUUCGUCUUCAACCAUCCUCAGGUUGCUAGAACUCUUUGCCCCUUUCUGUAUGUUGCUUUAAGCUUUGUUUAUUAGAUAGUCACUAGAUCUCCGAUCUUCAUUUUGUUUCAGCGUUCGACCGAUUGAUCUUACUAGAGAAUCACUAGAUAUGUUUAACCUUAGUAGAAUCAUUCCUCGUCUAUCCACCGCGCGCUCUAAGAUUCUUUCAACAUUUACGUUCACUUAAUAAAAUAAAAUAUCAAUCCAUAAUAUUAAAAGAUGAUGUCUCCUUGAAUGGUCGAAGCAGAAUCUGUAGCCACUCUCGCUGUUCUCUAUUGUUGUCUCCUCAACGUUAUUCCAAUCCCACGUUCUCUUUUUAAAAGAAGUUUGUGUGUAGUUUUUAUCAAACAUUAAUUGUUAAUGUACUAUUCAUAUUUUCUAAUCCCAAUCAUUUAAUUGGUUAUAAGAUUCAAGAUUUCAUAUAGUUCCAACGUUAUAUAUAUCUAUCCGGUGACUUUCAUCUUGGUCGGAGAAAAAUCUAUCGAAGACUUUUCUGAGAUAUGUCGCGAAAUUAGUCUAAGACAAUUGAUCAUUCAUGAUUAAUGUCUAUGUCUACUGUUUUAGAAUCCUCUUACAAUAAUUGUAGUGCAUGCAACGAACUCGAAUUAUACGUACACAUUUUUUUUUGAGAAACACUUAUUACGUGUACACAUUACAAUAGUUAGACAUUUAAUGUUUUAGAAUCCUAUCGGCUGAUCCGGUCGGUCCCGAAAGAAAUACAUUUAGUGCUACAAAGUAGACUAGUCCAAAAGCGUACCACACUGCGUAAUCCGAAUUUGGAAUACCUUCCAACUAAUGUCAUGGAGUAAGCCAUUCAUCUGUUAUGGCCCACCACAAAAACCACUUUGGUCGAAGCUCAAGCUUAGACUGGCAAAGUAGUGAUAAUUUAGUUCAUAGGGAGAAUCGAAUCCAUGACUGAUGUAUGUAUACAUCAAACUCUAAGAAAUUAUCACUAUGCUAGUACCACUUGGUUUACUUUUAAUACUUAAUAUUUUAAUAGCUUUAUAUUUCCAUGGUACUUUGAACGUGGGACCAGAAAGAUAUAUGAAUAGAGUGUACUAUAUCAGAUCAUUUCUGCAAAUGCUGCAUUAGGUUUAAGAAAAAAUGGAUUUACACAUUUGAGUGAUCCAAACUGUUUUGGUAAAUUUCCUUUAUUUUCUUCUAUUUGUUCAUGAUCUACGACUUCUAAUUAUCAAUAUACAGUUCGAGUUGGACUUGGACCACAAUAGUUUGCAAUAAAUUAAAUUUAAACCUGAUCAAAAUCUUUUGAACCAGUUCAGUCUGGCAAAACCAUCUCCAAUAUCCUUAUAUUGAUACGGUAUAUAAAGCAAUUAUAAUGACAGAUGCAUGAAACUAGUUCAAGUGGAAGAAAACACAUUAUACAUUGAAAAAUCUUUCAUCACAAAACGAAGGUCAUUGAAAUGUCUUCGUCAAAUUGCAAGAACAUGUCUUAAUAAAACCAAAACUAUUCUAGCAUUUUUUUCUUCUUCUGAAUCAUAUCUAUCGGCAUGGGGCACUAUAUAUAGCUCUUUGUGCAUUCGGAUUCAACCCAUCAUUUACGAUCCCUUUUGUACCUGCAUCUCAUUAGUAGCUAUCGUACUUUAAUAUAUCAAUUUAAAGGUACAUUUAAAUUUCUUUUAUCAAAUAUAUAUCAACUAAAAGUCGACAAGGGAUGCUUUCUACAACAAUAUGAAUAGUAGCCAUUUGAUAUCUAUAUAAUAUUGUAGAUUAGAUAUAUGUUUCAGCGUUAUUAAUAGCUUACCAUUAAUUUCAUGUCUUCGUUAGCACAAUGAUCAACGCAUAAUUAGAUUAAGUGUAUAUGAAGCUUCAUGGAAACCCGUACGAGAGAGGACGGUCACUAGAUCGUACAAUUAAGAAAUUAGUAUAUAUACAUAUCAAUUAAUCUAAACCGUACGUUCUAACUAGUUUUGUGAAAUCAAGAAUCUAAUCUUGUAAGAAAAACUGUAUGCUUGUUGUCAGAACAAACAUGGACCCAUGUUCUCUAUGUCCCUAAGAUGUGUAUCAAUCUCAUUUACUUCUUUGUUGUACUAUAAUUUAAAAUCUUUUAUUUUAUAGAUUUUUAUUUUUAAUCUCAUUGAGAUCUCCAUUGCCCCUGCUAACUAGACACUACAGCUCAUUGAUCCUUAAUUUCAAACUCUGUUUUUCUUUCUAAUCUAUACUAUUAAAGCAGGAUCAUAUUUUAAAAAUUACCUUAGUCUGCCAUUUUCUUUACUAACAUUGCAUGUCUCAUUAAGGGCAAUCAAGUAAUAUUAAUAACACAUUUACAUUGGGCUAUUUUUUUUGGAUUCAGCACACAUCAGAUCUCUCUUGGACCAUUUGAGCCGAUUAAGAAAUCAGAUCCAAUUCUCACAUUUAUUUUCUUUUGGGCCAUUGAGUCCAAGUUCAAAUAAUUUUUUUUGAACUAUUCUUAAUUAUUAUUUUUUUCUUUUCUUAAUAUAAUUUAAGCAUUCAUAAAAAAAAUUAAAUUUUUCAUUGAAAAGUAUAAAUCUUUAUUAAAAGUAUAUAAUUUUUUUUAUUAAAAUAUUAACCACAUAAUAAAAUUAAUUUAUCAGAGUUAUACCAACUUAAUUCAUUAAAGAAAUAAAGUUUAAUUUUUUAAGCAUAAAUAGUCAUUUAAAAUGAAAUACGAUAAAUAAAGAUAAAAAUUUAAGUCUUUUAUAAAACAAAACACAAAUAUAUAAAAAUAUGACAUUUACUAAAUAUUUGUCAAUUGAAAAAAAUAAAAAAUAAAUCCGCGCUUUUAUAGCGCGGAUCAAAAUCUAGUUAAUUAGUUAAAUCUAAUCAUAUUUGGGUAAUAAGCGUUGAAAUUGUAUAUGCAUAUAAACUUAAAUGAGAUUAUAUAAUUGUUAAUGUUUGUGUUUCUAAAGAGUAAAAAUGCGUGUAUCAAGUUCAAACAUCCAGACUAAUUACCUAACACUUAAGCCAUGAUUGCUUUUAAAGCUUUCUUGUUUGUACUUAAUUAGAACAACAUUACCAUAAACUAUGCGUAUUUGAAACAUAAACAACAAAAUUUGCAAUAUCAUUAGUACAGUUACAUGUGUUUUUUUUUCCUUUACGUAUAUGUUGUCAAUAAAAAUAAAAACAUUUCGAGUUAUGACUAAGAAUUAGGAGGCACAUAGUGGGUAUUAAUUAUUAAUUGACACUAUAAGAACAACCCUUGAACAUAGUCUAAUUCAAUUUAGGGAUCAUAAGGAAAAGGAACAUUAACAAUGACAGUAGCUGAUUAGUCUCUCGACAUUCGACAAUGAGACAAUCUGCUCUUUUAAAAAUAGAUCUAUAUAUAUGCAUAUGUGUAUCAUAUUGUAUACACGCAUGUUGAAUAGUAUUACAACUUGACCAAGAUAAAUUUCUCAUUCUCCGUCGACCUAUUUAUAUAUAUAUAUAUAUAUAUAUAUAUAUAUAUAUAUAUAUAUAGAAAAGAUUCAUGAAACUGAACCAGCCUGUUGAAUCUUGUCCCAUUCACAAAUGUCCCAAUAUAUAAAUAAAGACCUUUCAUCUCUAAACUGGAAACCCAUUAUCAACCACUUUAAAACCUUCUAAGCAAGAGUUUGAGAGAAAUACGAUUUUCACUACAACUCAAAUCAAUUAAAUAAAAAUGGCUUUUUGGUCUGCUGAGAAUGCUACUAAAGCCUACCUCACUACAUUGAAAACGGAUCAAAGAACAAAAGAACCAAACGUGGCUGAAUUCAUAUCGGCCCUAGCCGCCGGAAAUAACGCAAGAAAGAUCACCGUGGCUUGUGCCGGGGCAGCAAACGCUGACAUCCUCGUUGCCCUAAUCGCUGCGGCUAACCAAACGCGAGGUCAAGUGGUAUGCGUUUUACGUGGCAUCGAGGAACUAAUCAUAUCCAAGAAAAUGUUGGAACCAUCAGAGAUUCAUCAUAUACAAUUCGUAGUCGGAGAACCUAACGACAACGCUCUUAUUAAUGAUCAUUUUGGAGAAGCUGAUUUCGUCCUCGUUGAUUGUAAGAUCAAGAACCACCAAGAUAUCGUUAGAAAGAUCGUUAGUCAACAUGAAGAAAAUGCAAGAACCGGAGGUGGAAGCGGUGUGGCGGUUGUGGUGGGUUAUAACGCGUUUUCGAGAGGAUCUUGGAGGUUUAGCGAUGGGAGGAAAACACAGUUUUUGCCUAUAGGUGAAGGGUUGCUGGUGACAAGGGUACUCAACGAUGACGGUAGCUAUAACCAGAAAAUGAUGAAAAAGAACGAUGAUGAUUAUCAUCAGCACCAUGACCACGUGAGAAAGAGUAAUUGGGUGGUGAAAGUUGAUAAGUGCACAGGAGAGGAGCAUGUGUUUAGGGUUAGAGUUCCACGAGGAGAAGCAACUAUUGAAGCUUAAAACAAAAAAAAAAAACUAUUGAAGCUUAACUAAAAUCUUAUAAAUGAUUCGGUACUUUAGAGAAAAAAUCACCUCUGUGAUGGUUCAGACGAGUGAGAGUAGUAAGAAGAUUAGUUAUUUUGUAUAAGUAAUUAGAAAGAGUUUUGUUUGGUAUUGGAGUGCUAUGUUUGUGUGAAGUCUUUUUUAUUUAUUUAAAGACUUUUUUCCUUUUUGUAAGUGUGAAUAUAAAGUGAUGUGUGUUUCGUUUUUAAUUUCUUUUUCAUUUUGGAUUUUA